AUGGACCAGAAAUUGCCUCAAAGCGAAGCGGAAACGGAAUCCGACACCAUUUCACGCAACUCAGUCAACUACGAGCAACGUCGGGAAGAAAUUCGCUUGUCAAACCCGCAGGGCAUGACCUCACCUCAAAGAGGCGUUGACGUCGAAAAGGCUGAACAUGAGUUCUCCGAGUUGAACAAACAGUUUUCACAUAUUUCAUACCAGACUCGCCGAUUGUCGAAGCAGGCUUCUCGAGCCUCCAAGCCCAAUGUCACCACCGAGGACGUCGAGAAAGGUAGUACCGCGGCAGAGUCGGAGGAGCCAUGGGACUUAGAGUCUACCUUGCGGGGAAAUCGCGCAGCAGAGCAGGAGGCUGGCAUCAAAGAUAAACAUAUCGGUGUGAUCUGGGAUAACCUUACAGUUCGGGGUAUGGGCGGUGUGAAGACCUUUAUCAAAACCUUCCCUGAUGCAAUCAUCGAUUUUUUCAACGUGCCUGCGCUUGUAAUGCAGUUGUUCGGAUGUGGCAAGCAGGGAGAGGAAUACAAUAUCCUAGAUGGCUUUAAGGGCCUCGCCUUACCCGGUGAAAUGGUACUGGUUCUGGGAAGACCGGGAUCUGGAUGUACAUCUUUCCUCAAGGUGAUUGCAAAUCAACGGUUCGGAUACACCAGUGUCGAUGGAGAAGUUCUGUACGGUCCAUACGAUUCAGAGACAUUUGACAAGCGUUUCCGCGGGGAGGCCGUAUACAAUCAAGAGGACGACGUCCACCAGCCCACUUUGACUGUGAAGCAAACCAUAGGAUUCGCUCUCGACACCAAGAUCCCCGGAAAACGACCACACGGGGUAUCUAAGGCCGAGUUCAAGGAACAGGUGACAAGCAUGUUAUUGCGCAUGUUCAACAUCGAACAUACCGCCAACACCGUAAUUGGAAAUCAGUUCAUUCGUGGUGUCAGCGGAGGUGAAAGACGACGAGUCAGCAUUGCCGAGAUGUUUUCAACUGCUGCAUGUAUUUUGUCGUGGGACAAUUCGACCCGGGGUCUGGAUGCCUCCACUGCGCUGGACUUUGCCAAGUCCCUACGUAUUUUGACGAACAUUUACAAGACAACAACUUUCGUCUCACUCUACCAGGCGUCCGAGAACAUCUACAAGCAGUUCGACAAAGUACUAGUCAUCGACAGCGGCCGACAAGUAUUCUUCGGCUCUACAGGCGAAGCUCGCGCAUACUUUGAGGGGCUAGGAUUUCGUGAGAAGCCCCGCCAAACAACUCCUGAUUAUUUGACAGGCUGCACAGAUCCAUUUGAGAGAGAGUUCAAGGAUGGUCGAAGCGCCGACGACGUGCCCUCCACACCUCAGGCUUUGGCCGAGGCCUUCGAGAAGUCCACGUUGAACCAGCAGUUGAAAAACAGCAUGAGCACGUAUCGCGCACAAAUCCAGGAAACCAACCAGACUUAUGACGAUUUCGAAAUCGCAAAUCUUGAGGCGAAGCGCAAAUUCACCUCGAAGUCGUCUGUCUACUCGAUUCCUCUCCAUUUGCAGAUCUGGGCGCUCAUGCAGCGUCAAUUCCUGAUCAAGUGGCAGGAUAAAUUCGCCUUGACUGUUUCAUGGAUCACUUCCACCGGCAUCGCGAUCAUUCUGGGAACCGUGUGGCUGAAUCAGCCUGAAACAAGUGCAGGCGCCUUCACCCGUGGAGGUCUUCUCUUCAUCAGUCUGCUUUUCAAUGGAUUUCAGGCCUUUGCAGAGCUUGCCGGUACCAUGAUCGGCAGGUCGAUCGUCAAUAAACACCGGGCUUUUACAUUCUACCGACCUAGUGCACUCUUCAUUGCGCAGAUCAUUGUCGACACGACAUUUUCCCUGGCCAAGAUUUUGAUUUUCUCCAUCAUUGUCUACUUCAUGUGUGGCCUUGUCCUCAACGCAGGGGCAUUUUUCACAUUUGUUCUGAUCAUUCUUACGGGCUAUGUUUGUAUGACAGUCAUCUUUCGAACGAUUGGCUGUCUUUGCCCUGACUUUGAUUCUGCCAUCAAAUUUGUCUCGGUCAUAAUUACUUGCUUCAUUUUGACAAGUGGUUAUCUGAUCCAGUGGUCCUCGGAACAAGUCUGGCUACGCUGGAUCUACUACAUUAAUCCUUUUGGUCUCGGCUUCGCGUCUCUAAUGGUGAACGAAUUCAGUCGCUUGACUAUGACCUGCACCAAGGACUCUUUGGUCCCCUCUGGACCUGGGUACACGGACAUUGCCCACCAGGCGUGCACUCUUGCUGGUGGUGAAACUGGCUCGGCUAUCAUUCCAGGCUCAAGCUACCUACUUACAACGUUCAGCUAUGCGAAAGGUGACCUUUGGAGAAACUUUGCCAUCAUGGUCGUGCUGAUCCUGGCCUUCCUUGCCUCUAAUUUGUAUCUGGGCGAAACCGUUCGUUUCGGGGCGGGUGGAAAGACAAUCACAUUCUUUCAAAAGGAAAACGCGGAGCGCAAAGAACUUAAUGCGGCUCUUGCUCUUGCCAAGGCCAACCGACAACCCAAGACAGAUGCGGAGGCGAGUCUGAGAAUCCGCUCAACCUCCGUUUUUACAUGGGAAGAUGUUUGCUAUGAAGUACCUGUACCCUCUGGGACACGUCGAUUACUCAAUUCGGUUUAUGGUUAUGUUCAGCCAGGCAAGCUGACCGCCCUGAUGGGGGCGUCUGGUGCAGGCAAGACAACUCUGCUGGAUGUUCUCGCCGCCAGAAAGAAUAUUGGUGUCAUUUCUGGUGACAUCUUGGUCGAUGGCCGAGCACCCGGAACCGCGUUCCAGCGUGGAACUUCAUAUGCAGAGCAACUGGAUACUCACGAAGCCAUGGCAACCGUGCGAGAAGCUCUUCGUUUCUCCGCCGACCUCCGUCAACCGUUUGAAACACCUCAGUCAGAAAAGUAUGCAUAUGUCGAGGAAAUUAUCAGCCUACUUGAGCUUGAGAACCUGGCGGAUGCCAUCAUUGGAACGCCCGAGACUGGUCUCUCAGUCGAGGAGAGGAAGCGUGUCACAAUCGGAGUUGAACUGGCUGCCAAGCCGGAGCUUCUGCUCUUCCUUGACGAACCAACAUCGGGUCUUGACAGUCAAUCUGCCUUUAACAUUGUUCGGUUCCUAAAGAAACUUGCCGCAGCUGGACAAGCCAUUCUCUGUACGAUCCAUCAGCCGAAUUCGGCACUCUUCGAAAACUUCGACCGCCUGCUACUCCUGCAGAGGGGGGGCGAGUGUGUUUAUUUCGGUGACAUCGGUGCUGACUCCCAGGUCCUGCUGGAAUACUUCCGUCGGAACGGAGCGGACUGUCCUCAUGAUGCCAAUCCCGCCGAAUGGAUGCUUGAUGCCGUCGGUGCAGGGCAAACUCGCCGCCUUGGGGAUCGCGACUGGGGAGAUGUCUGGCGCGAUUCGCCGGAGCUUCAAUCCUUGAAACAGGAAAUUGUCAGAAUCAAAGCAGACCGAGCUCGCUUCAUCACCGAGACGCAUGAUCAGGGCCACCAAGCCAUUGAAAAAGAGUACGCUUCUCCACUGUGGCACCAAAUCAAGGUUGUGGGACGACGUACCCAUCUAGCUUUCUGGCGAUCUCGAAAUUACGGCUUCACCCGUCUUUACACACAUAUUGUCAUCGCGGUCAUCACGGGCUUGGCAUUUUUGAACCUCGACGAUUCCCGUUCAUCGCUUCAAUACCGCAUUUUUGUCAUCUUCAAUGUCACAGUCCUACCAGCAAUUAUCCUCCAACAGGUCCAACCAAAGUACGACAUGUCUAGGCUGAUCUUUUACCGGGAGUCAGCCUCCAAAACAUACAGUCAAUUUGCCUUUGCCGUCUCGAUGAUUCUUGCUGAGAUUCCGUACAGCGUGCUCUGUGCCGCCUGCUUCUUCCUACCACUGUACUAUAUCCCGGGAUUCCAAUCGGCCAGCAGCCGCGCUGGCUACCAGUUCCUCAUGGUUCUCAUCACCGAGAUAUUCGCAGUGACUUUGGGUCAGAUGAUCUCUGCAUUGACCCCAAACAGCUUCAUCGCGUCAUUGCUCAACCCACCAAUUGUCAUCAUCUUUUCUCUGUUUUGCGGUGUGAGCAUCCCGAAGCCUCAGAUGCCCAAGUUCUGGCGUUCAUGGCUUUACGAGCUCGUUCCAUUCAAGCGCCUGAUUGCGGGCAUGGUGGUGACUGAGCUGCAAGGCCGGCCUGUCCAAUGCUCUGGAUUUGAAUGGAAUACUUUUCAGGCACCAGCCAACACGACUUGCGGCGAGUACAUGCAACCAUUCUUUGAACGUGGGGGUAAUGGGUAUCUGCUGGAGAAUGCUACUCAAGCUUGCAAGUACUGUGCGUACAAGGUUGGAGACCAAUUCUAUUCGGCCUUCAGUAUGCACUUUGAUGAUCGCUGGCGUGAUCUAGGCAUUUACGUGGCCUAUAUCGGAUCGAAUUUGAUCAUCCUUUUCAUUGCAAAAAAGUCUCGGUUCUUGAAUUUCAACCGACGUUAG